GUAUAUAAGCGCCCAGCCACCGGACCCGGCGACAUUACACGCAUCGCCAGUUUGGGGGCCGUGGUGACUACCGCCUCACAAUGAAAACAUUCGUGGUAAUACUUGCUGUGGCAGGACUCGCAUCAGCCGAUAUUGGUCUCGGCUACCAGUAUAGUCCGCCCAAAACACAAACAUCGUACGGCACACCAUCCUACAGCAUUUCGAGCGGCAACAGUGGCUUUAACACUGGCUACUCAAGUCAAAACACGGGCUCUGUUCACAAAGGACAGGCUUUAAGUUCCGCAUCGAACGUGUACCAAACCUCUGCAGGUUUGCAGAAUGGAUAUCCAAGCCAAGUUCAAACCACCGGUACUGGAUAUCAAGGAAACGUCUUCCAAUCAGGCACAGGUUACCAAACUGGUACCGGAUAUCAUCCUCAGACUGGCUCGGGUUACCAAACCGAUAAUACUAGAUACCAAACUGGAGGAAACUACGCUGGGGCAGAUUCUACUGGAAAUCAGUAUCAAAGUAGUGGAUUAUUUGGAACCAGUGGGUCGCUCCAAGGAGUUCAGGGCCUCAAUCAGUACCAGUCGUCAAGCCAAUAUAAUGCUAACUCAGCCAAUUACCAACAAUACUAUAGUCAAGUGCAACAGCAAGCACCUCAAGUCUUCAAACACUUCUAUGUUCACGCCGCCCCUGAAGAACCAGAGUUACCGAGACCUCGUCAGCCAGUGGUCCUGCCUGCUCCUCAAAAACAUUAUAAGAUCAUUUUCAUCAAGACGCCAGCCCCUGUUGUCAAGUCUACACAAUUUGUACCAGUGCAACAACCAAACGAAGAGAAAACGAUUGUAUACGUUCUAGUUAAAAAACCAGAGGUAGUUGAAGACAUUGUUGUCCCGAAAAUUGAACAGAAGCCACCAUCUAAACCCGAGGUAUUCUUCAUCAAAUAUAAAGGCAAAGAAGACAGCCAAGCGGUAAUCAACAACAUCGUUAAUGAAUAUAACAGCGGAAAAGAGUCUGUCAAUGUCGGGGGUGCGUUCCACUCUGGCGGUACUCUAGAUUCGAUCGCAGACGUCAAAUACGUGCCGCAAUCCGUGGUAACCUCUCAAUCGAUAGGCGACGGCGUUGGAGCAUCAGUUCAAGCUUUAAGCGGAGCAUCUGGAUCUCAGUACGAAACCAGCAGUGGAUCUGUGGGUCAAUCAGUAAAUUCAGGAUCUUUCGAGAGUGGCUCAUCAGGUUCUCGUUAUCAAACACAAUUUGGAACUAGCUCCGUGGGCUACCCAUCAUCUACUGCGGGCUACCAAGGAUCGACCGCAGCCCCGAUCCAGAUCAGUUCAGGUUCCGGAGGGUACGACAGCAACAGCGGGUUCUCGUCCACGGUAUCCUCUACGGGCGGCCAAAGCGUAAUUUCUUCCCAACAGGGUAUUCCUCAUGAAUCUUAUGGAACGCCGAAAUUUAGCGACAAUUAACGAACUAAAGAAACCAUUAAAACUAUAUUGAAA